CUGCGAAAAGCUGUCCUUCGCCACACGAUACCUCUAACACACACCCCGGGUCCCUCCUUCCUUUGCAGUCUUGUGGACGAGUUUCAGGACACAAACACGAUUCAGUACGAUAUCAUGUCCUGCAUGGGAGGUCCACAUGGCUCUCGCUACUGCGUCACUAUCGUGGGCGACCCAGACCAAUCAAUCUACGGCUGGCGCUCUGCCGAGAUCGGAAACUUGUCGCUGAUGGAAGAAGAAUUUAAUAAGGGCAGACGUGCGCUCCUCGGAGACAACAAUGCGCUUGGCGUGCAGAAGGCCUUCCUCGAAGAGAAUUACAGGAGCACUGGCAAGAUUCUCGAGGCGGCAAAGGGCAUCAUCGAAGGAGACCCGAACCGCAUCGAGCGUGACCUGUUCACGUCGCACCCUUACGGCCUCGAGGUCCGUCUCAAGCUUCAUAGCUCAGCCCAGGUUGAAGCCGCAUUCGUUGCCACCGAGAUUAAGCGUCUCGUCGCAUACACUGGUGGACUGCUCAACUAUGACGAUUUCGCCAUCCUGCUUCGCUUCAACGCGCUUUCGCGAGAAGUGGAACGGCAACUGCAGCAAGAAAACAUACCCUCUAGGAUGAUGGGCGGCGCACGUUUCUUUGAACGCAAAGAGGUCAAAGACAUCUUGGCCUACCUGACUCUUGCAGACAAUCCUGACUUUACGCCGGCCCUCGAGCGAGUCAUCAACGUGCCCAAACGUUCCAUCGGCGAGAAAACAGUAGAAGACCUCAAGAAGGUGGCCGACUCGGAGGGCAUAAGGACGAUGAGGAUCGUGCGAAAGGUUGCCAAGUCCGAUGUCCCUAUCUAUGGGGUGCGCAAAUCGACGCAGAUCAAACUCAAAGAAUUCAUCCAAGUCGUUGACGAGCUUCGACGUAUGGCAAAGCAGGAUCAACCCGUCUCGGAGAUCAUCGAGACGCUGCUGCAGCGUAUCAAGUACAAGGAGUAUCUACAGAAGGAGCAUGACUUCGAUCAGCGCUGGGAAAACGUCAAGGAAUUGAUCAACUUCAGCGCGCUCGUGGCUCAGUCGUCUCAAGAUGCGGCAGCAUAUGAUAGGGUGCUCGAGCAGCACGUUGACAAUGCCCGCACUAGUGAUCUGGAAGUCGACGAUGAAGAGCUCGAUGACGCUUUCGUCCAUGACAGUCCGAUCAAACGAGAGACUCCCGGCGUUUCGGAUUCCGUUUCUCGUUACGGUGGUGGUAUGAAAUCCCUCGGGAGCUCAUCCACUCUCAAGGGCAAAGCUAAGAUCAAAGACGAAGAGGUGGCGGUUAUCGAUCUCGCCAGCUCGGACGAGGAUACGAGCCCGUCGAAGAAGCGUCAGAGGCACAAGAAUGUCGGGGCCGAUGACGAGGCCUCACGGGUAAAGAAAACCAAGACGAAGAAGUCUUCUUCCGCAACAAGUUCGCCAGGCAAAAGAGAUGACAGGGACAAAGCUGGGAAGGACAAGGCUCUCGAAAAGACAUCUACCUUGCACCAAUUCUUGGAGGCAAGCUUGAAUAUCCCAUCGUCUUCAUCAUCGCUGUCGAGUCAGGCACCUAUCCGUUCUUUCGCGCCACGACAGAGGAGGAGGUCAACGAAGAGAUCCGUUGCUUGUACGUGGCCGCCACCCGUGCCCAAGCAGCUCUUUAUCUCACCUACACGACGGGCCGCAUGGUCAACGGCGAAACUAUGCCCAAAACACUUUCACCCUUCGUCUCACGGCUUGCAGACCCCAAACAGAUCAAGGGUGGCACAUGGAAAGGGAACGAUAGCACCACGUUGCUGCAACCGGGUGGCUUCAUUGGCUCAGCAUCCAGCGCUGUGUCGAGCAAAGCUCAGAAGACAAAGCAUGUCCCUUGCAUCAAUUUUGCAACGGACCGACCCACCAUCGAUACCAGGGUAAGAGUUGACAUUGCCAGCGUCCUUGGCCGACGAGAGAUGUCUGAGGACGUCGUCAUGGAAAUGAUCGAAAAGUUCGAGAAGAGCAAUACAGCAGCAAGGGUCAGAGACACGGACAAUGCCAUGUCGCUCCAAAAUCCUGCUCUGCCAUACGGCAGCUUCAUGACGAAUCGCUUUGGUUUCAGUAGCUCUGACCUACACGGACCUUCAUCG